GUGACGUGCGCCGCCGCGUUGGGGCCCGAGGCGCCCGCCAGUCCCUGGGAGGCUAGCGGGGCUGCUGAGAGGAGGACGCUCCGCAGACUUGGUGCUCGCCGGCUCCCUCUCCGCGCUCUGCGACCGCCGCAGCGAAGAUGGCCUCAGGAGUGCAAGUUGCUGAUGAAGUAUGUCGCAUUUUUUAUGACAUGAAAGUUCGGAAGUGCUCCACACCAGAAGAAAUCAAGAAAAGAAAGAAAGCUGUCAUUUUUUGUCUCAGUGCAGACAAAAAGUGCAUCAUUGUAGAAGAAGGCAAAGAGAUCUUGGUUGGAGAUAUCGGUGUAACCAUAACUGAUCCUUUCAAGCAUUUUGUGGGAAUGCUUCCUGAAAAAGAUUGUCGCUAUGCUUUGUAUGAUGCAAGCUUCGAAACAAAGGAAUCCAGGAAAGAGGAGUUGAUGUUUUUUUUGUGGGCUCCAGAACUAGCACCUCUGAAAAGUAAAAUGAUCUAUGCGAGCUCCAAGGAUGCGAUCAAAAAGAAAUUUCAAGGCAUAAAACAUGAAUGUCAAGCAAAUGGGCCAGAAGACCUCAAUCGGGCUUGUAUUGCUGAAAAGCUAGGUGGAUCCUUAAUUGUAGCUUUUGAAGGAUGCCCUGUGUAGACCAUCACUCGGUGCCACAAACUGAAAGCUUCCGUGUUUAAUGUUAUCCUUUUGCUAUGUAAGUAAAGCUGAUACGUUUAGGCCAGGGACUCGCUGAGGGGAGCUGUCUUGUCAUUUGCUAGGGUAAACUAUUCCAUGAACAUGUGCAAAUGGCCCUAAAUAAAUCUAAACUCUAAAGUUGUAUUGGUGUGAAAUUAAAUUCUUACUGGCCAAAUGCCUGUUUUGAUUAGUUGACUUGUAAAGAUUUUUGUUAAGCUCAUGAUUUUUAAUAGUGCAGUUCACAAAACAGUCCAAGGCCACAUGAAGACAAUUACUGCAUCUUCAUUAACCUCAGCAGUUACUUUGUUUCUUUUGCUUAGAGAAUUGGUCAUAAUCUGGUUAUAAUUUUGGCCCAAAUUCUUUUUUCUCUGUUGAGCUAAACUGAAUAAUGGAAAAUAAUUCUCCUCACAACAUGUAACAGCACUAAUGUACUUACUAAACUAUGUAAGAUUCUACCAGACGUGUGGUGGAGACUGCUUAGAACCAGCACUGAUCUUGCACAGCACUACUUUAUGCACGUAGUUGGCACACAGGAAGCAGCUCCUGCACCUGCAGCUGCUCGCUGGUCUAGUCGGGAGGCUGUUCUGAGAGUGACCUUGCAUCUUGGAAACCUGGAGAAUGUGCACUGUCUUGUAACAACGAAUUAUAAUGCAAAUUAGGGCUCCAGUGUAAUCCACUUUGUUGAUGAAAAUGGUGAGGUGGUGUAUUGACAGACUGGGAUACCAGGAUAUCUUUAAUUGUGUCUCCUUCAGAACUGUGUUGCUUCUGGUACAAUAAGGUUUGGAAGAACAUUAUGUUUACUCUGGGGCCUGGGCAAGCUUCUUAAUUUCCUAGAGUAGUUUGCCGACUGUCUGAAGCGGGGAGCGGGUGUGACGGUCGACAGCCGCGGGAAGCCACGCUGAGGACACCUGGAAGUGACUGCCUUUCACAUCACAGGUGUAACACUGAACAACACAGAGAUGCACAAACAGUGGAAUUUAGAAGUAGCAGUACUGGCUUUAUGUAAUAAAGGAAGCAUUUUUAAUUUC